UUCGUAAUCAUGAGUGACGUGGGUAGCGCUGAGACUGCGUGCUGUUUAAAUGCGAUCGCAUGCUGUAUGCAAACAUUCUGACUUCGAAAAGACGCGAGCUGUACGGAAUGAUGUUGACACUGGUGUUGGGGUUAGUCGGAGUUCUUUCCGCAGCGCUUUUACUCUACACCAGGCGCACGAGGCAAAAAAACGAGCCCCCUUUGGAUAAAGGCCGAAUUCCCUGGCUUGGCUAUGCCCUUGAGUUUGGGAAAGAUGUUGCCAAGUUCUUAACACAGAUGAAAGAAAAGCAUGGAGACAUUUUUACAGUGUGUGCGGCUGGUCAUUAUGUGACUGUCCUACUGGAUUCCAAUUGCUAUGAUGCUGUGCUCGCAGACACCGAAUCCCUCGAUCUGACUCACUAUAGCCAACUUUUAAUGGACAGAAUCUUCAACCUUCAGAUGCCUAAUCAUGACCAAGUAUCUGAGAGAAACAGAGUGGACCAGUACUUUAACGACAGACGCAAUCUGUCUCGACUCCACAGCUUAAUGCAGAACAACCUCCAGUUUCUCAUGGCAUCUGUAAAGACACAGAACCCAACAGAAUGGAAAAAGGACAGACUUUUUGACUUCUGUUACAGCAUGCUCUUCAAGGCUGGUUAUCAUACCCUGUUUAGCACAGAGGAUAAUAACAGUGCUGAAAUGACUGAGGUUUAUGAGAAGUUUCGGCAGUUUGACAAGAUCUUACCAAAACUGGCACGAUGUUCUGCACAAAGAGACGAGUUGAAAGUUGCUCACUCAGCACGAAAGCGGCUAUGGCAGUUGUUGUGUACAAACCGGUUUUUCAUGGGAACAGAGGCUCAGUCAUGGAUUCAGACCUAUAUACAGCAGCUAGAAGAGCAAGGUUUGGACAAACAGACCCAGCAACGAGCCAUGCUUCUCCAGCUAUGGGUUACACAGGGUAAUGCUGGCCCUGCAGCAUUCUGGUUGCUGGGCUUCUUGCUCACUCACCCAGAGGCUCUGAAAGCAGUGAAAGAGGAGCUGUGCAGAUUACAGCACCUCCCCCUGGACAAAAGAGACAACACACCAGUGUUUAACAGUGUUCUGUGGGAGACGCUGCGCCUCAGAGCAGCUGCGCUCAUCACCAGAGAUGUGAUGCAGGACAAAACGAUUAAAUUAAGCAGCGGUCAAGAAUAUGUUCUACGGCAUGGAGAUCGCCUCUGUAUCUUCCCUUUCCUCAGUCCACAGAUGGAUCCUCAGAUUCAUCAUGAGCCAGAGAAGUUCAAGUUUGACCGUUUCCUAAAUUCUGAUGGAACAGAGAAGAACAAGUUCUGUAAGGGGGAGCUGCAAAUGAAUUAUGGUACCAUGCCAUGGGGAGCAGGGAGCAAUUUGUGUCCUGCACGUGAUUUUGCUGUUUGUUCUUUAAAAAGGUUUGUGCUCAUGAUUCUUACACAGUUUGACCUGGAGCUGUGUGAUUGUAAUGCACGUAUGCCACCAGUUGACCCCAGCCGUUACGGGUUUGGAAUGCUCCAACCAGAUGGGGAUUUGGAAAUCUCCUACAAGUUCAAAAACCAUAAUUGCACAAUGUAAACUACAGUUAAUACAAUUGACAAUCAAGUAGCUUCAUUGUAUAUAGGCAUUAUUUAUUCUUGCUGUUUAUUGUAUAGUUUUUAUCACCUGCUGUUUAAAUAAAAUGGGUCAUUAAUUCAUGUAAUGUAAAAAAAAUUUUUUAAAGAAGCUCUAACUUCUGAUACUGUUCUGUCAUUUUCUUUUUUUAAUUAAAUGAGUGCUUCUGUGUUAUUGUAA